AUGGAGGAGACGUUGACUCUCUCAAAGUUUGACAAGCUGGUCAACUCUGGUUUGGUACUAUAUGACCAAAGCCAAGAGACCGUUCAACAUGUGGAUGGUGACCUUGAGUUUCAAUUCCUGCUUACUUCGGCACUUGUAAAGAAGCCCGUUCUGGGGCCGCCGUCAUCGGAAAAGAAUGCAGAAGUCAACGGCGACAAAGCUGAUGGUAGCGAUAUUUCCACCAAAGGCUUCGAGAUUGGUCCAAUCGGCAAUGACCAUUUUGUCAUUGCCAACAAAUUCUGCUACGCACGCCCACAUCUCAUGCUUCUAACGUGCGAUGGCUACCGAAGACAGUAUGAGCCGUUGGACGAAGCCGGUUUGGAGGCUGCGCAAACGGUUCUCCUUUCCAUGAGUCAAGAUUUUGUUGUAUUUUACAACUGCGGCCAAGACGGAGGCUGCAGUCGGCUGCAUAAGCAUAUGCAACUUAUUCCCAAACCGCCUCACAGUUUUGCGGACUUUCUGGAUAAUGAGGCUUCCAGCGGCAGCCCUCCCAAGGUUCCCUUUCACUGGUUCUAUCAGCGGGUUGAUGUUGCGAAUACAGACGCAAAGGGGCUAACAAAGGUCUACACGAAUCUCCUGCAGCAGGCCACAGCCGUGGGUCAGGGCUUGGCUGAGCAUGCAGAUUCAGCGCCGCCAGGUGCGGCAUGUCCUCACAACUUUAUAAUGAGUAAACGAUGGAUGAUUGUUAUACCAAGGCGUCGAGCGGGUAUCAACAAAGAAGCUGGUGCAAAUGCGUUGGGAAUGCUCGGAGUGAUUGCUGUUGCUACGAGGGCAGAGAUUGACAAUUGGAUUCGUCUUGGACUGUCGGAAUCCUUGAGACAAUUGGGAGUGCCAAAAUAG